AUGGUCGCAGAUGUCUCGCGGUCAGCACAAGCUACGGGGGCAGCGACGGCUCCUGCUCAUGCAGCGACGGGAGUUACGGAGUCUCCGAAUAAGCGAUACCACUCGCGGGGAGCAGUGCGGCACAGACGGAAGGACUAUGGAAAGUCGGUGGCGAGGACAACCAAGGGGAUGGUACAACCUUUGGUAGAGACGCACAAGUCGUACUUCGAAAGCGAGGGAGAGCUGAAGCUGGGCGCGGCUGGAUCUUGCGGCUGGGAGCAGGUGGAUCACAUCAAAUUUAGCGGCGACGAGCACAAGUCGAGUGUUGCGUCCGGCCAGAACAGCGUCGAUAACAUGAGAAAGGUGAAGAAGGAAACGACUUCGGACCCCAAGUACAAGCCUUUUAAGCUUACAAGAGCAGCUCAAGUCUCAUGGUAA